AUACUACGAGUACCUGAGGCGGCAUGGCUUUGGCGCCAAAAAGGGGUGGAGGAAGCUCACGAAGGAACAGCGGCUGGACUAUCGGAGAAAAGCGAUUCACCGUCACGCAGAAAGGCGAGCGUCGAAGGAAGAAGCCCUGACGAAGUUGUGGGCACAUCGAAAAGCCGGCGCAGGAGCAAUUGAAGACGCAGAGAGAAUUCUCAGCCGCCUGCGCGAACUACAGAGGCGGACGUCCCAACUGCGACAAAAAGUGCUCGUUUCACGGGAGGCGUCGCGAGCUCUAGGAGCUGUUCUGGUGGACAUCAACCGAGAUUUUGCAUUCCCGCACUCGGCAGGGCAUUACUUGGGAGCGUGCGCCCAGCGUUGCUUCGACUUGGAAAAGGAUAACCCGACUCCACAGCAGCUAGUAGGCGUGAUCUAUCGCAUGGCUGCAGACUGCAAGAAGAUACAACUGAAGCUGAGAAAGAAAGAAAGCGAACGACUGCAGCGGGAGUCUCUGGUGAGCAACACCAGUGGCAGCGGAAAAGCAGCAUCGAGUUCGAGCAGUCGCGCGAAGUCCACAAGUGGGCGACCAAAUCAGGCUACGAAGACUCAAAAAGGCGUCGUAGCAGGAUCGUCCCAAGCAGCCAAAAGCGGAUCUUCAUCCUCUCGCGCAGACGGUAUCGACGAGCAGAAGCUGGAUCUGGUAAAGGCAAAACAAGAAGAGCUGAAGAAGCGUAGAGCGGCGGUGGCUGAAGCGGCGUGGGACCUCGCGCAUCGCUUGCACUACGAGCAGCUUGAGGCCUUCAAAGAUUUUGGGAAGAAGUUGAUUAUCAUGGCUUACAGACCCAGUGGCCGAGAAGCUGAGAAUGCGACGUUUCUUGUGGCGUGGUACAAAGCGAACCCGGAUAGAGUAAUGUUCUGUAGAAUCGAUACGCCGACAGAACGGGAAGGAGAGAGCUUUGUUCUUCGCACGGCAGCCAAGAAUGCCAGUAGCGCGACGAACGUGUGUCCUGGCGCCUACACCUUCGACGAGCAAAGUAUCAAGGACCUGCAACGAGACGAAGAAAGUGAAGUCUUCGUUUUGGAUCUUCUACGUAGUACCGCCGAGGCCUCGUGGAUCCGCGGUUCAGCUGAUUCAAUGUCUAGGAUGCGGGUGGAGGAUCUAUCGUUCUACUUAGCUGCGCCAGCAGUAGCUCUCGUGCCACUCUCGAGGAGAACAGAGUCUACCACGCGUGAGGAAGUGGAACGUGAUGAAUCUGAUUCGGAGGUCGCAGUGGAGGACGCGCGUUCGUCAGUCAGGAUGGUUUUUCAUGAUCUACAGCUGAUAACAUUAUCGCAGCUUGGAGCGCAGCGUAAAACUCCGGAGCAGAAACAGACAGAGAGAAUGCGACAUGUGCACGAAAUACGAGCCACAGCAGUUCUUCGAAAGGGGCGCAAGGGUCGAGAUCGGAAGGUGCGUAAGAUCUUUUCAGCACUAGAGCGCGCUCAUAAGAUCAUCAAACAACGCGAGGAAGCAGAACGGAGGAUGC